AUGAUCCUACACAAUAGGACCCUAGCAACUGAGGAUGGCUACCCUUACAAGGCUGUAGAUAAUGGCAUUUGCAUGGCUGACUGGAAUGCUUCUACCGGUGCUAUAACUGUAACUGGAUACGAGCAAGUGCCUCAAAACAACGAAAGGGCUCUAUUGAGGGCUGUUGCGAACCAGCCAGUUUCAGUUUAUAUUGAUGCAGAAGCAGAAGAAUUCAAAUAUUAUUCUGGUGGUUUGUACAAACUUAACUCAUGCUGUUACUAUGUCGGAUAUAAUACUACUCAGGAUGAUGGGACUAAGUAUUGGCUAGUCAAAAAUUCUUGA